UGUUGUGUUAAUGCCACUGGAGAGAGACUUUGUACCCAGUGCGGGAGGAAAACUCCGCCUUGGAGACUAAACACAGGGAGCAAAUCCCCCGGUACACUUGUCUUCUUAUUUCCUGUUUACGUCACUUCCUUGGUCAUUGAGCGCUCACGAUUUUCUUAAAAUUUUAUUGAAAAAUCAACAAGCGAUAAAUUAAAAUAAAUCAGCAGACGGAGCGUUUACAUUUCCUUCAAAUACAAAACAGUUUAAAGUUUUUUAACCCUCGUCUCACACGUUCAGUCUGCCCCCUGCUGGACUACAGAGUCACUGCACCUUUCAAGUUCACUAAUGUUUUAACCAUUGACAGUAUAUAUAUUUUAACUUGGGUCACUUUUAAAAUAAAAUGUUUCGUUGACGCUUAGCUUUAUUCUCGUUUCCUCGUUUAAACUUUGAGAGACUCUGAGAGAAUUAUGUUCUCAUGCUUUUGGUCCAUUUGAUUUCAGAUUAUUCUGGAGGUGACGUUUCAUUUAAAUUUUAUUUUAGCUUCACUAAAUGUCUUAUCUCUGAACAAGUGAAGUAUUUGAACGAAGUCCGCUGUGCUGCCCUACACUUUUUUUUUUAUUGGUGUCUAUGUUGCCUACAUCACAGCCUGUGGGUGUGUGACCUGAAAAGAAGUCAAACAGGUUGGACCAAUCUCCAUAAUAUGGCUCCCAACAGGAUAUAUGCUGAUCUACACUGAGGGGCUGAGUUCAUUUAACUUAUUUAUGCGUAGGGAUCUAUAUAUUCGGCGGCACCACUUGUUAUUUAAAUCAAGAGAAAGACAAGAGAGAGAGAGAUAAAGCAGGUACGGCACAACAAGUCGCAACAUGACUGACAAUGAAUUCCUUAAGCGUGAAUAGUGCGAAUGACUUGGGGUUGUUAAAGGGAACGAGCUGAAGAUAUGGAGUCAAAGUUAGACAGGCAUAUAACUCAGUAAUGUCUUGGUUUUCCACUUUAAAGAAGAUUAUAUUUUCGGAUAGUUGUUGCGUCUUGUGUGCGCAAACGUGCCCGCAGCGGGCGAUGCCGGUGCCACUGUGGCGCACAGGACUGCUGCUCUGCUGCCUCGGUUUCUGCGCCAGCCUGGAGGAAGAGUGCGUCUUUGGCAUAGUGGGGCAGCCAGUCUCCCUGCCCUGCUUGUACCCUAAAUUAUUAACCUUUGUUAAUUUUUCCAUUGAGUGGAGGAGAGAUGAUGAAGUGGUGCUCAGAUCAGUGUGGAAAGAGAAUUCAAAUGUGGAAGAACUGAGCAUCAACAGCGCCACAAUCUCAGCUGAUGCUGCACGGACUGGAAACUUCUCUCUGGAGCUGCCCAUAGUUUAUCCUAAAAAGCACUACAUGAGUUACAGUCUGUUCAUCAUUUCAGAGGAGAAUCAAAGUGCUGCGCUGUGCACCGUGUGCCUCAGGAUUGCAGCCAGUUUCAGUUCCCCACUGCUGCUGAGGGAAGAAGCAGCGCAGGGAGAGGAGACGGCCUUCCUCUGUCACUCUAGUGGUGGUUUUCCCGAACCUGCAGUUCACUGGCACAUCAACCACACCAAUGAGCCCCCUGAAGGCUCAGUGAGGACCCUAGCAGCUUCACUCCCAGACUCCCAUCUGUACAACAUCACAAGCCACCUGAAGGUCAACAUUUCCAAAGACUCCAUCGUGUCGUGCACCAUAGAGAACCUGUCCAUGAACGAAACCUUGACAUCCACAAGCUAUGGAGUUGGGGUCAGCCCGGUGGUGAGUCGAGCAUCGGAGGCCUUAUGGAUCUUCAGCACGGCUCUGUGCGCAGUGGUUGGGGUCAUGGUGCUGGCAGGAGUCGCCUACCAGAUUCACCUGGACAGGAUGAGUAAGAGGAAGAAGCGUGAACACCAACAGGCUGACAGAGGAUACAAAAGGCGAAAUCUGUGCAAUGAGGAGACCGAGGCGAUAAAGCCGAAGGAGACGGAUGUGUAAAAGAGAGGACAAAUCCUCACUUUUCUUCUGUUGACGUGAUGCAACAGUGCACUGAUUUGUAAAUAUGUUUGUUGUGACCACUUAAUAUUCAGUAGAAGUGAAAUUACUGUAAGUUAACAAAGCAUCUCACCACUUCACAUUCCUCUGUUUGCUGUUGUUUUAAGC